ACACUUCGUUUGAAAUUUGAAUCCUGAUUUUUGAGAUUUAGUAAAAUGUGAACAAUUUACAAUAAAUUUCCCAGCCUCGAAUAUUCCACAUCCGACUGGGUUCCGGCGUGAAACGAAAAUAAAAAGUCAAGGGUCAUGAUAGCAUGGUCUGCUAUAAAGUGUUUCAAUAACUCCAAGUUCCUAUUCCUGCUAUAAAUCAAUUUUAUUUCAAGUCUGGUAUAUUUCACUACGAAGGUUUGAUUGCCCGGAAAUGCGAAAUUUGAGACGCAAUUUUAGAUGAUAAUUGAUUGUCUUUGCUUUCACGAGUUCAUGUUUUGACGGAACCAUUUUAUGAAUUUAAUAUUUGGAAAGACUUUAUGUUGUCUAUUUGAACAUUUUGACGCCUUUUUAACGAGAAAGAAACGGUGCGGUUUGAUUUGAGCAAAAGUUACAUAAAUAAUCAGCUGUUUCUCCUGGAGUUAUCUUCAAUAUAUGUUUUGCAAUCCUUGAUCAUGGGCUUCAUGGCUGAUUGAUAAAUUGUAAAUGUAAAUGAUACCAAAGCGUUCAAGAAAUGGACCUGGAAUUUACAGAAGAAACUGCAAAUCGACUUUCAAGUAUUUCUUCGGAGGUAUCGUCUCGGGAUAGCAUUUCUUCUCAAUGCGAUGAGGUGACUAUCGUGAAGAAGAAAUCGUCGUCUUUAUCAUGCCUGCCAGAUCACGUACCUGACUCCGAACAAAACUCUUUUACCUUGCCACCAAAUCUCAACACAGUAAAGCCAUUUGAAGAAAAUUUGCUGUCUAAAGAGGUCUCUUUGGCACAAAGUUUGUAUAAAACUGCCGAAUGUCUGGAAAGUCCGCCGCGUUCGAAGUAUGAAUUUUCUGACAAAGAGACGGAUCAAAGAUCAGGCCAUGAUGAAAACAACUGUGAGGGUCGUAAUGGUGAAGUAGCAGAUGACACAGACCCUUUGCAAAAGAAAGAGCUUGAACUAACAGAAAUAAAUACAGUGACACACACAUUUGUGAGAGCAAGUGCACUGGAUAUUCUUGCCAAAUUCCCAAAGACAGAAACAGUUUCAGAAGUGAUGGAUGAAAAUUGUAAGCAAAGUGGACUAAAGAGUGUGAAUGAAGACUCUCAGGAGGAACUAGAAGAUGGUGUGGAUGUCAAAAAAACAUCUUCCAAAGCAGUUUCUGAAAGCAAAAGGGAAAAUGAAGUUAGCUCUUGGAGUACAACAGAUGAUGUCAAAAAGAUGAACAAGAAAAAAGGAUUAUUCAAUAAAAAAUCUAAAGAUAAUUCUAUCAGUGUGCCUGAAAGCAAAUCCACUGAGAAGCUUGCUAACCCAAAGGCUGGCAAAAAAGGACAUAAAACACGCAUUAGAAAAGAAAAGGCAAAGUCAGCACAAUCAAUUGGAUGGAAGAUAUUUCGUAAACAGCAUUCUGCCAAAGAUGAUGAAGAAUACAUGGAAGUGAAGAGUAAAAAAGGAAAAACCCCUCUUAAAAAAUCACAGAGUUUUGAUAACAAUUCCUCGCCUAAAAACCCACAGCUGAAAAGGAUGGAUUCAAUCCGUAAAAUCUUCAAAAAACGUCAACCUGUUUUACCAGAUGAGUCAAGUACAAUUGACAAUGUUAAGUGUGUUGAGAUAUCAUCUCCAAUUCUUAAAACAGAAAUGAAAUCAAAACAUCUUGUUGAACGAGAAUUUUUCAUGAGAGAUCGCGCUUUGCAAAUGGACACAACAAAGAUAAAGAGAGUUGCAUCAGAAAAUAAACCUGCAGUUUGUAGUUCAAAAGUCAAAGUGAAUAAUAAUGAAAGCACAAGUUCUCUAAAGGUUGAUAAUGAUGAAAGUAAAGAUGAAAGUGUAGUAGGUAAUGGAUUUGUUGACCAACCAGAAAGCCCAGAAACAGAAGAGGAUCCAGUCCCACCUGUUCGUCAUAAGCACUUGGAAAAAAAGCGAGUAUCUAUGCAAUGUGAUGAGGUGUCUGUAGAACAAGAUUCAACUGAAGAUGAAAACAAUUAUUGUGACAACCAUCAAGCUGAAAAAGACAAAAAUGAUUUAAAAUCCAAUCGUAAAGAUGAUGUAGACUUAAAGAAAUUCUUGAAUGAAGUAAAAUUGAAUGAUACUGACAUCCCUAGUACCAAUACAAUCUUGAAGAAAGAACACAGUGAAGAAGAUGAAGAAAAAAAUGAUUUUGUUUUUGUUGACCCAGAGCCAGUUGUUGAACGAAUAGUUAACGAUGAAAUUGUAAUUUUGGGGAGUGUCACUGAUGAUGUAUCAUCCAUAAGUAACCCUACAUCAUCCUCAUCUCAAGUCUGCCAAUCACCUCCUAUCCCCCUGGAGUCCCCAGGUAGUGAUGGGGAAGUGUUUGAAGAUUGCAUUGAUGAAGAUAUUUCUUUUAACAGAGCAGUAAUUGAUAAAUCCAAAGAGUCUGGCCAGGACAGUUCACCAGUUAGUGUGAACAUGCCCGCAGGUAGAUCAGUGUCUGAUAUCACAUCACAGACAUCUGCGGAUGUGUUUGCUAAAGGGAAGAAAGAAAAACCUCACCCGCACUCUUUUUCAGGAGGGAUCUCAUCACCAGUUAAUAAUAUUAUUUCCUCACCACCUGCAGUGCGAUCAUCAUCAAGCACAAACACGCCCCCAAGACGAACCAUGACAGUGUUUAGACCAUUAAAAUUUGAGCCUGCAGAAUCAUCAACAUUAAUAACAGAUAUGGUUCCCGUUACUUUUCCAAACUUCCCGAGUGAUCGAAGGUCGCAGAUUGCUCUAGAACUGUUCACAACCGAGAGAACGUAUGUGAGAGGUCUGGAAACUAUGAUUGAGCUUUUUAAGAAACCAAUGUUGAGUGGAAUGGACGAGAAAGAUGUUGAGAAAGUUUUUUCAAAUAUUGAUGAUAUUUAUGCUGUGAAUAAAGAUUUGUUGUUUCUGUUGUGGGAAAAGAUCAAACACUGGUCAAACGAGCAAUGCAUUGCACAAAUGUUCAUAGAUAUGGAAGAACGGUUUAAGAUUUACGCAAUCUACUGCAAGAAUUUCGACAAAGCAGACACGUUUUUAAAAAAGAGAAUUAAAAGAAAACCAGAUUUUGAUAGUUUUCUUAAGACAUGUUACCAAGAUCCAUUAUGUCAACCAGGACUUGAUCUACCUGCGUAUUUGAUUACAAUUGUUCAAAGAAUUCCACGUUAUCUUCUGUUGUUAAAGGAUUUCUACAAAAAAACAGCUCAACGCAUCCGGAUUUCGAUGUUUUACAAACAGCUUUGGCAAGAAUGAACAAAGUUGCCGAAUACAUCAACAGUCAAUUACAAGAGGUUCAAGCCAAAAAGCUAUGCAAGAAUUAAGAUCGACGGUAAUUGGACUGAAGGCUUAUGUUGUGAACGGACGAACGUUGUUAAAGGAAGCAGAAGUAUGUCUGAUGAACCCGGACAAAUCGUACAAGG